AUGGCCAAAUCUCGGUUUGAAUACGUGAAACAAUUCGAGCGAGAAAACUUUCUCUUGCCCCAAACGCACAUUGUCAUACGCGUCGACGGGAAAGGCUUCCACAAGUUUUCGCAACACUAUCAAUUCGAGAAGCCCAACGAUGUCGCUGCCCUUUCGGUAAUGAACAAGACCGCCCAGGUGAUGAUGCAGCAGUUUCCCGAUAUCGUGCUCGCGUAUGGUGACUCCGACGAGUAUCUGUUUUUAAUGAGACGUGACUGCGAUCUUUUCGAACGCCGGGAAAUGAAAUUGGUGUCUACGUUUGCGUCGUACAUGUCCGUGAACUACUUACUCCAAUGGAACCUAGCGUUUCCGGACAAACCAAUCAGCGCAGAACGGAUUCCGACGUUUGAUGCGCGCGCAGUCACAUACCCAAACCACCAGACAGUGAGAGACUACUUCAGCUGGCGCCAGGUAGACUGUCACAUCAACAACUUGUACAACACCUCGUUCUGGGGACUAAUACAGAACUGCGGAAUGACCACGACCGAGGCCGAGGAGUUCUUGAAAGGAACGGUUUCUAGCGACAAGAACGAGAUCCUUUUCACCAAGUGCGGCAUCAACUACAACAACGAGCCCGACAUCUUCAAAAAAGGAACUGUUCUUGUGAGGGAGUAUCUAGAUUGGAAGAACACUCUGGAGCAGGAGUUGAGUGACCGCCAAAAGCAGAGACAGCAGAAACUCCGCAAGAAGGCAGAGAUUGCCCAGCAUCACGUAGACAUCAUCAAGGACGACUUCUGGGUCCAACGACCAUGGCUCUUAAACUAA